GCAAGACCCCCGACUGCUUGUGCGCCUGCCCGACCCAUCAUCAGUGCAGUGCUGCGUUUAGGUUCGCACUUUGAACCUGGGGGGCUGAGGUAGUUUGUAAGCAUGACACUGAGGCUGGAAGCGCAUACUGGCAAGAUGAGUUGGAGGCAAGUCAAGAUGCCAGUGUAUUGGAUGGCGGUGAUGUUGCUUAUAGGUGUUGUUCAGGUUGCUACCGCUGUUCAAUUUGAAGUGAAAGAUGGCAAAACGAAUAUAUCAUGCAUAUUGGCUGAUUUAUCCAUCAAUUUCUCUGUAUCAUACAACGUUUCUUCAAAAAUGGAACUGGCUACUUUUGAGUUGCCAUCAGAGGCUGUGACAAACAUUAACAAAAGCUCUUGUGGGGUAGAAAAUACCACUGCACCAGUUUUAGCAAUUCAGUUUGGAUCCAACCACUCGCUGAGCAUUCAUUUUGCUAGAAACAACACUCGCUAUGAAGUAGCUGAACUGGUUAUGUCCUACAACUUGUCUGACAAAAUCAUCUUCCCAAAUGCAUCUGAAAACGGAACUAAAACUGUAUCCACAAACAAGACUGCCGUGUUGGCUGAGAAUGACACUGUGUACAAGUGCAUGAAUCCACAUCUUAUUAGAAUGGAUAACGCCAAUGCAACAUUUCAUGAUAUCAGACUUGAAGCUUACCUAAAGCAGAGUAACUUCAGUCAGAAAGUGAGCACGUGCAGUGAGGAUAUUACCCCUACAUCAGCACCGGCCCCUGUAACAACAACUGCACCAGUACCAGCACCAGUACCAGAUCCUCCUGUGGUGCAGUAUUCUGUAAAUCGAAGCUCCGAACCUUGCCUUUUGGCUAAAGUAGGCCUUCAGAUGAAUAUUACUUACACCACAAAAGAUGGCAAGAAUGGAAGUUAUGUGUUUAAUAUCGAAUCCAAAGGUGUGACCGUUGAUGGAAACUGCACUAAUACAACCGCAUACCUAUCCCUGUCUACUGGCUCAAUAGACCUCCGGUUUAAUUUUACCUUGAAUUCCAGCCUGGAGGUGUUUUACCUUGAUGGCGUGUCCCUAAGCACAGGCUUACCUGCAGACGCAAAUGAUACACAUUUUGAAGCGGCGAACAGCAGUUUGAAUUACAUGCAGACCAACGUGCAUAAAUCCUUCAAGUGCAACUCAAAGCAGACUCUCCCGAUCACAGACCCUUUUACUGUUAACACUUACCAUCUUCAAGUCCAGGCUUUUAAUUCAGACAAUACAUUUGCAUCUGCUGUAGAAUGCUCAUUGGAUGAAAACGGGAUGCUGGUGCCCAUUGUAGUUGGAGCUGCUCUCGCUGGGCUUGUUUUAAUUGUGCUCAUUGCUUAUCUGAUUGGCCGAAAGAGAAGUCACGCUGGAUACCAAACAAUAUAAUGGCCAGUAGCCGUACCUGUACCACUGAGGAGCAACAUAGAAUUGCAGUGAGCUAAUAGUGUCUGGAUAAGGAUUCCCAUCAGUGUGAGAUCGUUCUCACACAAAACUACUAUUUUAAUGUGAACUAGCUGACACUGCAUAUGUUGACUAUGCACUGAAGAUCCAUGAUUAAAUUAACGAUUUCUUUUUAUUUUCUAGAAAUGAUCCUUUCCCAAUGCAGGGGACAUAGGUGCAAGCACUUUUUAAUAAAGCAAAACAAGAAUUCAUAGAUUUUGUUGCAGUUUUUCUCAGUGCUCAGUCCAGUGAUCUACUUCCUACUGAAUUCUCACUUUAAAAAGGGAAAUGAAAAGACUAUAGUGAAAUCCUUCCGAUUUCUCUGCAUUACAUGACUGGGGUUCAGCUGCUCAUAACUUUCUCUCUAAAACACAAGCCAAUACCACAAGGUUGCAGGGCAUUAACUCCGUAGUACUGAAAUGAUUCUAAAAUCGGGUUUGCUGUUCUAGGUACUCGUUCCUUUUUCUAAAAUUGAGUAACUUAUGUUUUCCCUUUUUCAUUUCUUUCCGAUAUACACAGUGUCUUUGUUGUUGAAAUUUUAUCUGCACAUAUGUACAGUACAGAUUUGUAUAUGCAGAAUGCUAGCUUCUUUGGUUGGGGUUGUUCUCUAUAAAAAGUGUGCGUUUGCAUUGCCUUAACAAUGCUAAUAAAAUAAUUUGUUUUCUU